CUUUCACCAGGAGAAAGGAGCAUUCUGAGGGGAGUCUACUACACCCUGCGGAGCUCAAGAUGGUCCUGAGUGGGGCGCUGUGCUUCCGAAUGAAGGACUCGGCAUUGAAGGUGCUUUAUCUGCAUAAUAACCAGCUUCUAGCUGGAGGGCUGCAUGCAGGGAAGGUCAUUAAAGGUGAAGAGAUCAGCGUGGUCCCCAAUCGGUGGCUGGAUGCCAGCCUGUCCCCCGUUAUCCUGGGCAUCCAGGGUGGGAGCCAGUGCCUGUCCUGUGGGGCGGGGCAGGAGCCGACUCUAACACUCGAGCCAGUGAACAUCAUGGAGCUCUACGCCGGUGCCAAGGAAUCCAAGAGCUUCACGUUCUACCGACGGGACCUGGGGCUCACCUCCAGCUUCGAAUCAGCUGCCUACCCGGGCUGGUUCCUGUGCACGGUGCCUGAAGCCGACCAGCCCGUCAGACUCACCCAGCUUCUCGAGAAUGCUGGCUGGGAUGCCCCCAUCACAGACUUCUACUUCCAGCAGUGUGACUAGGGCAACGUGACCCCCAGAACUGCCUGGGCAGAGCCAGCUCAGGCGAGGGGUGAGUGGAGGAGACCCAUGGCGGACGACCACUCUCUCUGCUCUGAAGACGCUCACCUUUGACUCACUGGGCACACAGCCACCUUCUCUUCUGAUUCCAUGUUUGGGUAAAAUCUGAGAUUUGGAACUCAUUCCACCAUCCCUCCUUGCUGGAUGGUACUACUGGUGUGGAACUUUGUAAAAACCACAUGGAGUAAACUAGUAAUAACAUGAAAAGCUUUCUAUGGGGGUGGGGUGGGAGAGUGAUGGGAAUCAUUCCUGCUUAAUGGUAACUGACCAGUGUUACCCUGAGCCCUGCAGGCCAAACCAUUCCUUAUAGGGUCACUAUAGCUCUCCACAUGAAGUCCUGUGCAGGAGAGCAAGGUGGUCAUAGAGUUAGGGACCCACAGCCCUCGGCCCAGCCCCGCGCCCUUCCGUAUAAUCCUGCCACUGUCAUAUGCUUCUUUUUUUCUCUCUCUACCCCCAUCCUCUCGCUGUGGGCAUGAAGAGGUGGCGAUAUCAGAGGAAAUGGCUUCAGCUCAGAAGAUAGAAGAUAAGCAGGGCAUGCUGAUCCUUUCUAAAAAAUCUAAAGUACAAGAAAAAUCCCAGAUGCUGGUCUCUAUUCCCCUGAAAAAGUGCUCAUGACAUAUGAGAAGAGCAACUUAAAAAGUGGCAUAUAUUGCAAUUAAUUU